AAGUUCAUUUCGGAAGCAACACCACCAAAAGUGAAUGCCGACAAAGAAAAGUACAUCCGAAAACAUUUAAUUCACAAGGAAAGCUUCAAUUCGCCUUUGGAUACGCAAGGACAAGAGGAAAGUAGAAUAGACAAUUCCGACUUAAGUCACAGAGAAAAGGAACAUGGCACCGGAUGGUCUACUGUAUGCCAUAAACGUAAAGGAAAGCGUCCGUUUCGCAAGACGUCCCCGUUGGAUCGCAUAUCUGUGUCGAAAGGAGAUUCUUCCAUCAGAACUACAGCCAUGGAAUUGGAUCUUAGAUCGCCGCGAUCUCGUCGGAAACACCACCUUAUCUAGGAAAGAAGCUGUGAAAUACCAAGCCUCCCGCUGGAUUACUUCCAAGUUCAUAUAAGUGGAACUUUGGACGGCUGUUAUAUAUUUAACAUUUUAUUUGUUUUAAUAAUGGAAUAGUGAUGUCAGAUAGACCUCAGACGGGGAGUGUUCUGUAACUCAUUCAUCAUUUGUUCUUCAUGUGAUCAUCAUUUUAUAUUGUUUAUGUUUCAUUGCGUACAUCACUUUAUAUGCUCCAGUUUUAGGAGUUUUAUACAGGACAGUGUAGGAACCCAUGUUACUUUCCCCUCUCUUCUGAGUGACGAAAACUGCUCAGCAGGCCGUGUGCACAACUGCAAGGAACAUUCAGCGGACACGUUGUCCAAAGGAACAAUUCGUGGCUAACCACAGCUUUUUCACCAUUUGGAUUGGUAGUGAAAUAAAAGACAGCUCCUGAUUGUUUUAUCUUUACAUAAACCCAGUCAUCUUGGUUAAACUCGCUGGUCCGGCCAGUACACGUUAUCAUUAUAUUAAUUUUAACGAUAGUGAUAAUUUCAUUCAAGAAUGUCAUUGCAAACAUGCACAUAUUCAACUGAGAGGAGUUAGUUCCAGUAAAGGUUAUGAUAUAGAAUUGGUUAUGAUAUAGAAUUAAAGUACCACAUAUAUGGAUAUGAUAUAGAAUUGGUUAUGAUAUACAUUUCAAGUAGACGGUUCCACGCAUGACCCAUAUACCACAUAUAAUGUAAAUCAUAUGUAUAACGUGCAGAAGAAUCAGAAAAUAAACUGAUAUCCAACACAUAUAUUAAAACAUCAUCAGACUGGAUGGCUAACAACAGAAACCAUAUAUUUCAUUUGACGGAAGAAGUUGACCGAAGAGAAAUGUGGGAAAAACUAUCUAGACAGGAAAUUAUUGAAUACUAUGACGAAUGGCCGAAGCAUGGAUAUGAUGAGACAAAUGUACGGGGACCAAAAAUAGCUGCUGACACCGUCAUAUCUCUAUACGAUUCAUCUGUAAGAUCGAAAGUGAAAGUGUUGGAUGUUGGGGCUGGUACUGGUUUAGUUGGAGAACAUUUAAAACGAAAUGGCUUUGUUGAAAUGGACGCUCUCGAUGCUUCAGAAGGGAUGAUGAAUGAAGCCAGAAAAAAGAAAAUAUAUCGAAACUGUUUUAAAGAGUUUUUUACUGCGGAUUCACUGAUUCACCUGAACGAUUAUUAUGACUGCAUUGUCGCUGCUGGAGUAUUUCUUGCAGGUCAUCUUGAACCGGAUAGUGUGUCCCAUUUUAUUCGAUUAACAAAGAAAGAUGGUCAUGUCGUUAUUGUAAUGCGUGGACAAUGUAUAAGUGGACAAGGUUACGUUGAGUCUGUUCUUGAAAACAUGGAAAAGUUGGAAAAGAAAGGACAGUGGAAAAAAGUUUCACAAAGCGUGAGCAACGAGUUCAGCUAUAUCAAAGAUAUCACUGGACUUGUGUUAAUAUUUCAAGUUCUAUAAGCAAUAAUAAUAAAAAAAUAACACUUAAAUAAGAACAUAUAUCAAUAAUAGAUGUCACUUUUGGUAAAAAUAAACUAGAUUAAUGAAUAUUUUA